AUGGCGGGUUCAGAACAAAAACUUCCUCCAAUGUAUUCGGCACUACUAGUGAGCGAUCCGAUUCAAUGUCAAGAAGGCGAUGGUGUUCUGAAGCUUAAAUUCUGGACCUCACCGAAUGUGAAGGUCAAGAUAGUAAUCGAAGCUUACAACUUCACAUUGGAUGCAUUUGGAAAGCAGGGCGGUGCUGUAAUCAUAGACGACAUCAUUUAUAACUCAACGGCCAUAUACGAUGGGUCAUUUACGUAUGCCGUGGGACCUGGAACUUCAUCAUUGACAUUGGGACCGUUUGAAUUACCUCGCAGCUUUGGUGUCGAAUUUUGCUUUUAUAUAGCAAGUUAUCGUAGUCGCUUGGCGAUAUACUUCACGAAAACCCGUGAGAGCAAGCGAAUAAGGUGUAUGAUGUUUUUUUUACCAAGAAUAGCACGAGAAAGCACAGUGCAUUUUAAGGCCUUGAUCAACGCUCGGUCUUCUAGUCAAAAUCGUGUUGACAAGAACGGCGACGCCUGCGACUCCGCUGUUGUCGCAUGUCCGAAUAACUGCUCUUCUUCAUUGUCAUUGACAGAGUUGAAUUGGCGGUGUCCUUUCUUCGCACCUGUCCGAUGA